AUGCUCCAACAAGAUCAGAUCACCAGGUCGACCGACUACGACGCCCUCGCAUGCAGAUUUUCGUGUCACCUAAAGAGGUAUCUGCAGGAUAAGUACCUUGAGGCUAUUAUAAGCGGGACCCUUAAAUACCAACUGCUGGCAAUUGACUCUGAAUACAAACGGUUGGCUGUGAGACGACAGUUGAGUAAACAGUUCUUCGGCCUUUUUGAUGGGUCCGGCAAGGCCAAGCUGACCUCUAAACUGCCGGUCGUGCUCAAGUCCCCCGUGAUCAACCGCGGAACUUGGAUACGGACCCGUGCCAUCGACCUUGUGCUGGAUAAAUGGCUAGCUGCAAAAGCCGCCACACCGGUGCAAAUCAUUAUUCUUGGCUGCGGGAGCGACACGAGGGGCAUGAGGCUGCUUGAAAACAAUAGCAAUUUGACUGUGGUCGAGAUCGAUUUCGAAGAAACGUGCAGAAUAAAAAAGUACAGUAUCCUAGACCAAGAACUGCUGAGGUCUGUAGUUGGUGCACAACCAGAGCCCGAACCCACCACAGUUGAGCAAUUUAAUGCCUCUUCGGCAGCGCUGGACACGCCUCGGUACCAUCUGGCUCCACUCGACCUACGCCAACUCCGUUCCAUGACACAAUUGCCAGCAGUCGAUCCGUCAUUGCCUACUCUGGUUCUGAGCGAGUGCUGUGUGUGCUACAUGGAGGACGUCGAAAGCGAUCGAGUUUUGCAAUUUCUGCGCGAAAACCUCGCUGAGGCCGUGCUUGUUGUGUACGACCCGAUAGGCGGCAACUCGCCAGGCCACUACGGCGAGAUCAUGCUGAAAAACCUCUCGAUGCGCGGAAUCCAGAUGCCGUCGCUGCUGAAAUACUCCACAAUCGAAAAGCAGCACGAGCGACUGCAAAAGCUCGGUUUCGAGUCCACUAACGUGUCUGACCUAAGCUACAUAUACAGCCAUUGGAUACCAGAGGACGAGCUGGCCGCUAUCAACCGUCUGGAGCUGCUGGACGAGCUAGAGGAGCUCAACCUCAUCAACAGACACUACUGUCUAAUUGUGAGCUCGUGGGGCAGCACCUGGCGUCUGCCUCUGCCGUCGCAAAUCUGA